AAAGUAAAACAAUUAAUUCAAAACAAUAAAAACAAAAAAUGGUGUUCCCUUCACAGAUCACCACAUGCCUCCUCGUCCUAGCCGUCUACAUGGCAGCCCCAUCAGAGUCAACCAUAACGUGUGGGACAGUGACAAGCACACUGGCACGGUGUAUAGGCUACUUGACCAACAGUGGUUCAUUGCCAUCAGACUGCUGCGUUGGAGUCAAAUCAUUGAACCAAAUGGCUCAGACCACACCGGACCGCCGACAAGUCUGUGAGUGCCUAAAAUCUGCGGCUAAGGAUAUCACUGGCCUCAACACCGACCUUGUGGCCACACUCCCUACAACUUGUGGUGUUUCAGUUCCCUACCCCAUUCGUUUUAGCACCAAUUGUGACACUAUAUCGACUGCCGUGUGAAGGAGGCUAGAGAUGUACGACUAAUCAAAGUUGCAAGCUUUUAACCU